AUGACGAGGAGACGAUUGACUGCCGUGACGCCGAACCCGGUUCCUUUGGAGAUCCAGCUCGCAGACCCGCUGCAUCGCCCAGCAAUGCGCAUCCGAGCCACCCGCCAAGAUGCACGACUUCUGAGUCGACUCAGUCACGAUGACGUCGUUGUCGUACCAGAAUUCUUUGGUGGUGCAGACGACUGGGACGCGUACUACAAGCUCCUCCGUGAGAUCCGCGAAGGGCAGGCCAUGGGCAUCGAUCAAUCGCAGUGGGAGUCCUGGCAUGAAGGUGCGCAUCUCCUGACCAAGAACCCUGGCUGCUCGAGGACCUUCAGCGACGUGCUGGACAAAAUCUGUGAGCAGUUCAGCAUCGCGAAUGGUCAUCUGCGCGGCUCGGUGGGUCGAGACGUGUUGGGGAUGCGCUUCAACUGGUACAGGGAUGGCUCCGACUGGAAGCCCUUCCACCACGACUCGGCAGCCUUCAACCCGCGGAUGGCUGAGAAACAGAACUGCACUGUGGGUGUGAGCCUUGGAUCCACAAGAGAGCUGGCCUUCCGCAGCACUGCCAGUGGCGAUCUGAUCUACUUUCCCCAGAGCAAUGGCAUGCUCUUCUUCUUUGGCCGGGAUGUGAACAUUCGAUGGCAGCAUGGCGUGAACGCCCUGCCGCUGGAGCAGCAGAGCUGCAAGGGGCGGAUCUCCAUCAUCUUGUGGGGUCUCUGUCAGCUGGCCGUCGAGGAAAUGCUCUCACCUCCCAUGCUCCCGAGUCGCGAGGAGAAGUUCGCCCAGCGAUCUUCUCAACCUGACGGCAAGGGCAAGGGCAAAGGCAAGGGCAAAGAAACGCGGACGCAGGCUUGCAGGGACUUUCAGAACGGCAGAUGCACCUACGGCAUCCACUGCAAGUACUCGCAUGAGAGCGGCUGA